GCUAUGACGUCAUUGUGCGCGAGAUUGCGGAGAGGAAACUCUUGACUUCCUCGCCUUACGUUCGCCGCCGUAAGGCUGUGAUGUCACCCCCCCGCACAGGACGGAAGUGACUCCGCGGGGGUUGAGGCGUGGAGGGAACGACGUCCCUCCUCCGCCCGCUCCGAAAUGGAGUUUAAUAGGAGGCACUAUCCCUCGGCUCUCUUCCGGCGGAGGGAUUUUGCAGCAGCCUCCAUCCACUCGGGAGGCGGAAGGAUAUGACGCUGUGGGCGGAGUUGCGUGCCGUGCGCAGAGAGGAAGGAGAUCCGGCAGAGACAGCUAGGGAGUCGGGGGGCAGCAGCUGAGUCGAAGCGAGGAAAAAGGGUGACGGGACUUCCCCCCCCCACCCGCGGGGGAAGGGGAUGCAACGCGACCAAGGCAGCUGCUCUCCUUCCGCGCCGCUGACCCUGCAGGCCGCCGCCCCUCCCCCAUCCUUACCGCUCCGCUUCGGCCAAUCAGCUGGGGGGGGCCGCCAGGCGAGCCCAGGAAACCGGCCUCGCUGCCCGUCAGGCGUAGAGGCUCGCGGGACGCCCCGUCGCGCGCCCGAGCGGGGGCGAGACGGGCGGCGGCAACUUGAAAUUACCCUCAACAGCCGGCGCUCUUAAAGGUACAGCCUGGGGGGGCAGCGAGAAGAGGGGACACUUUCCGCCGGAGGACAAGAAACCCCCUCAAGCCUCCAGCUCCUGUCAAUGGAUUUAAAGGGAACUCGGCCCUCUUAAAGGGGAGUUGUCUUCAGGCCUCAUUGUGACUGAGAGGGAGGGCCGGCUCUUAAAGGGGCCGCCGGGGGGUUCCGCUGGACGCUUAAAGGGGAGGGCGAGCCGAGCCGAAGGAAGCGCUUGGAGGCUCUUUAAUGCCGCUGGUGGAAAAAGUGGCUGUCUGACGAGGAGAACUUAAAAAAAAAGAAAGAAAGAAAAACAAAUCAAGGUGCUUAAAGGCGAGGCCACGCUUCGACAGGAAACGUGUGGCGGACUUUUAAUCGGACGUUCUUAAAGGGGAUGGAAUGAAAGGAAGCAGAUUCUGAAGCCUGGACUUUUAAAGGGCAAGGUCAUACCUUUCAGGAGGAAUCCGGGAGAUCUGAAUAAAAUUAGGAUAACAAUAAAACCACGUAAGGUUUGCAAAGAAAGCGUGGCUUCGGAGGAAAUGCUGCCACUGGAAUAAUUCUGGGAGCCCUCGUCCUCAAAGGGAGGGAGGGAGGAAGCCAAUGCUGUCUGAGAGGAAGCCAUUUGCCAUUGUUGGCAGGAAAGCCGCAUCUGCAGUCUUAAAGGGGAGGCUCUUUGAAGCACUUAGCCCUCUCUGGGUAAAUGUAAAAAAGCCCCCCUUCCAGGCAGAAGCCCUAAGGCUAGAUUAUGCUUGUUAGAAACACGUAAACAUAAACGAUAUAUCUCUUUUAAACAAAGAUCGGCACUUAAACCAGAAGCUUCAAGGGCGAAGCAGCGACCGGACAAGUAUUAAAAGUUGAUUCAAAGGGAUUGUCAGUUUUGUCGCUUUCCAAGGAUCCAUCUCUCCAUGCUGAUUCACUAUUGGAGGGAUGUAAAAUUCCGAUUAAAGCAAUUUUUUUUUUUUGGUGUUUGCUUUUUAUUUUGUUUUUGUUUUUCCUUCUGGACCCAAAGGUGAAGUUGUACCUUAAAAGAGAAUUCUGUUCACUGGCACCGGCUAAUUUCCUGUUAAGUGGUUAUUGGAUCGGUUUCGAUCUGAAGAAUUUUAUUUCAAAAGUAUUUAAUUAUUUUGUAAUUGACUUGGUCUGGCCUUUAGGAGGAAGUCCAAAAAGAAGAAGUUGCCGUUUGUAUUUUCCUUAAGAGAGAAUUAAACCUGAGCAAAAGUUACUUCUUUGACUUUCCAGAGCAGAAAAAAAGGAACUUUUUGAACCUUGAAUGGGUUUUCAAAUGUAAAUCAAGGAAAGUUGUGGACAGUUAAGUUAUAGGAGCCAAGGACUUCUCAUAAAGGAAUACAAAAUUCACUUUUUUUUCCUCCAAAAGCAAUAUAAAGGAGAACCUCUUUUUCAGGAGUGUGGUACUUUUCUUUGUGGCUUCCACAGAAGAGCAGAAACCCAGCAGAGACAGCUGCAAUGCUUUUGGCUGGUGAGGGGUGAAGGGUGUCUCCCUUUUUUUCCCCCUCGUGCCUGCAACAGCCAUUGGACAUAACACAAUUUAUUUUCUGUACCUCAGAAGGGAGCAUAAUGGAAGGAACAACAGCAGCUCCUACCCCAUGUUGGAGUGGAGGAGGAGGCAGCAGUAGCCGAGCACGGAGACAGCGACGUUGCUCACGGCGGGACCGUGAGAGUCGUUGUACACGCCGUAGAGGAAGCCGUCUUGGAGACCCUCCCCAUCGGGGCUUGUCCUCCUCCUCAUCUUCAGCAUCAGACAGUGAAGGCCCCUCUCCACCUGCCCCUGUGGCUCCUAGCAAAGGACGCCCCCUGCAACAGCAACGGCGACGGCGACGGCCCCUCCGACGGCGAAAGAGAGUUUCUGGAUCCUCUUGCAGUCGCGAGGAGGAAGAGGAAGAGGAGGAGGAGGAGGACCUCAUUGAUGGCUUUGCCAUUGCAAGCUUUGUCAGUUUAGAGGCACUUGAGAAGGAUGCAACCUUGAAGACUCCAGAGCGAUUGGAGCUUCGGCUGAAACAUUCAGGGAAGAGGAAACGGGGUGAGGGAAACAAUUCUGAGCCUGAAGAUGAAGAGGAAGGCUCGGAAAAGGAUCACAGCCAGGGCUGUGGAGGGGAGAGAGCACUGAGGAAACGGAACAAGAGACGGCACAAAGAGCCUUCUCUCCAGUCUUACCUGGAAACUGGAUAUAUAUGUGAUACAGAAAGCGACCCAGAGGAGCAGGCCUCCAUUGAUGACCUCGAACAGUCAUUCACUGUCUCAACCAGCAAAGCCUCGGGACCCAUUGGUGCAUUAAACGGGAGCUGUGAAGCCAAACUCUCUGUGAUCCCUAAAGUCUCUGGCCUGGAGCGGAGCCAGGAGCGUAACUAUGAGGCUGACCGGGACUCCCUGCUCGUGCCUUUCCUGCCUAAGGAACCCCCUUCUCAGGCAGCCACUGCCCCUAUUCUGGCUCAGGCCUUGCCUCCAAGUCCUCCUGCCCCACCUCCUGUCAAGACUCGGGCUCAGACACCUAACACUGUUCGUGGGACGCCCCAGCCCAAAGGCCAGCUGCCUCCAAUGCCUCAGGGUGGAGCAGUUACCCACAGCCUUGCCCAGAGCCAACUGCACAUGAAGGUGCCACCCUUUGCCAGCCAGACACAGGCCCCGUACUCUGUAGGGCUCGACCUCAGCACUGGAGGGUGCAGCCGCGGUGCAGCUCACCCCAAGCCCAUCCUCCCGCCCUGCUCCCCUUCUUCUCAACUCCCUCACCGGCCCUCCACCCCCUCGCUGGCCCUGCCCCCCCACGCCUUUUCCUCCACCCUUCGUCCCCCUUCCCACCACCACCCAGGCAUGUUCACCCCCUCGCCUGGCCUCCCACCGCCACCCCCAUUGCUUCAAGUUGCUGGGCACCCAGCUGCAGCCGCUGCCAUAUCUGAACAAGAAUUAAUCCGCCAGGACUUGAGUUCCCGAUUCCUCACGACGCAAGGCGGGGCCGACAUGGGAGCUGCUGCCAUCCGCCCUCUGGCUUUCCAGUUCCACCAACACAACCACCAGCACCAGCACACCCACCAGCACACCCACCAGCACUUCACUCCUUUCCCGUCAAGCAUGGUGCCCACACCCAGCCCAGCCAUGUAUGAGAAGUACCCUGGGAAAAUGGAUGGGCUUCUGAGACAUAAUUUUUAUCCUGCCUACCCCCCAACCGUGUCGGGGAUCUCCCCGGUCCUGCCUCCUGCUGUGAAUUUUGGCUCCCUGCAGGGGGCAUUCCAACCUAAGAGCACUAAUCCUGACCUGCCUUCCCGGCUGGGUGCUGUCCCACCCAGCAUGUCCCAGAAAGGCAGCCAGAUCACCGAUCCUUUCAGGCCGACGUUGAGAAAGCCGGGGAAGUGGUGCGCCAUGCACGUCCGUGUGGCAUAUAUGAUCCUGCGGCACCAGGAGAAAAUAAAGCUGAUGCAGGGGGAUCCCCAUAAGUUGGAUUUCCGGAAUGACCUCCUCACUGGCUUGCCUGAGACCGGAGCCUUCGGCAGUCUGCCCCACAGCCAGGAGCUGGCACGCCCCGCCACCCUCUUCACAGCCGCUGGUGUCGUCCAUCCAGGCAAUUCCCCCUCCUUUGGUCCUGGCACCACUCCCCAUGGCUCUUUCCUCAACCCCAGCCCCCACAUUGAUCCUUUUGGCAGGCCUCCUAGCUUUGCCUCUCUGGGCGCACUCUCCAACGGGGCAUUUGGCGGUCUGGGCAACCCAUCCUUCAAUUCAAGUGCAGUCUUUGGGCAGAAGGACAGCCCUGGAGCUCCUGCCUUCCCUAGUCCACAUGAGGCAUGGAAUCGCUUACACCGUACACCUCCUUCCUUCCCUACGGCCCCAGCCUGGCCCAAAGGUGGUGGCAGUGACGGGACUGAGCGUGGAAGCAGCCAACUUGAGAAGGAGAGUGAGAAGUCUGAAGGGCCGGUGAUCAAGGAUGAGAAGGACAGAGAUUCUGGCUUCUUCUCCCGCCAUUCGCUGCGCUCCUCUCCAGCUACUCCCACCUCAAAGAACCCAUCGCUGAUCCACGAGGAGCCUCCAAGCCGACCCCACGUACAAGCAGAACGAGAACAUCGCUACGGCAGCCCGGCAAGUUCAGGGCAUACCUCCCGCUCCCCUUACCCAGAGUUGCCUCUCAAGAAAGAAGUGAAGGUCAAGGAAGAGCCAGAGUUGCCAGGCUUUGAGGGAGCUCUGCGCACGGGUGCUUCCUAUCACAGUACCUUGCAUGUCUCCCACCCCCUUGGGACGCUGGCCGUGUUUGAGAGACCCCAAGCCGGGACUGGAGGAAGCGUCUCUCCCUACUUGGUGGCCGCCCCGCCCUCAGCUGCCUCCUAUGCUGCCCUUGACGCCUGGCGAGAGCCCUACCACCACCGGGGCCUGGAGCUGCACCCACUACAGCGCCUGCCCCGCUACCUGGAGACCCCAUCGCCUGCUGCCGCCGCCGCCGCUGCCGCCGAGGACUACGAAAGAGCCCGGUUGUAUGGUUUGGCUCCCCCGCCGCACCCCAGCCUCAUGGCUUACCCCCGCCAUCAAAACGGACUGCUGGCGAAAGCCACCCCCUCGGCCGCUGUGGCAGCUGUGGGACUGCUGAGCGCCCCACCGCCUCUCAUCCCUGCUUCCAAUGCGCGGCCCUGCUCUCCUCGACGAGCCCCCGACAUCCGAGAACUGGCGGCCUCCUACAAGGACCGGGACUCCAGAUAAUGGCGCUCUGGAACGUGAACACCUUUUUACCAAGCAGCCUCCAGGACGCCCGUCUUAAAUUAGCGGGGAGAGGAAAUGGCUUUUGGGUCACUAUAGCCCGAGUUAGGGAUGUGCUGCUGUCGUCGCCCAGAAGGACUUCGACCUUGGGAGUUGAGUAACGGGGUGCAUUUGGGUGGAAGAGGUCAGGAAUGCAGGUGCCAGAGUGCCCUCGGUCCUCGUUCCCGAUUUCUGCAAAGGCCUCCUCUUCCGGCCUCUGAAGACAUCGGGAUUUCUGUCCUGCUUCCAGCGUCCCUGCUGGGCUAAAAACAGACUUGGUGUGUUCUUUAUCCUCAGUGGACUGAUGGGAAGGCUGCUUUCAGGGGAAGGGGGAGGGCUUGAAUCUUGGGGUACCUUCCCCAUGAGGCAGUGUAAAUAUUUAUAUAUUCUCCCCUAGGCAGAUGGGGAAAAGGUUUUUGUACAUUUAUAAAAGGUUUGAGAUUGUGAUUUUAAAAGUGACUUCUCUCUCCUCCCCCCCCCGCCCUCUUUUGUUCCCCCUUGUUUUUACUGUACUGCUCUUUUCUAUACCUGUAUUCGCUCCUGCCCAAUUUCCCGACCCCUUUCCUUCUCCUCCUGUAAUUAAUGGGAUGGUGCAACACACUUGUCCAAUGUCCUUUUCUUCCCCCUGGCUGGUUAAUUAAACUCCAAACUGGUGCUUCUCGA